ACUCACUCGCUGUUAGUUUUGGAUUUGACGCAAACGGCAAUGAGCUUAGCUUCAGUUAUCCACCACCAUGGAAUCCUCGCUCCGGCGACAUCGGAUCGAAUCUUUCUUACCAUUCCGGUGAUUCCGGCGGAUCUCCGAGCUCGUGGUUGGACUGAGCCUCGCUUCUCUCUCCUUGUAAAUCCCUCUCUCGUCUCAGCUGCGAAUCGUCGUCUCUCUCACCUUCCUCCUAUUGCUUGCUCCAGAGAUAUCGAUCAGGAAGAUGAUGUUUCUUCUUCAGAGAAGGAGAGCAGAGAUCUUCUACCACAUAAAAGCGAUGAGGUUGCAAGCACCUCUCGCUCUUCUUCAUCAGUAGAUAGUGGAGGUCUGAAAGAUUAUCAACAAGAAGAAACAUAUAAAACUUCCUUCAAGACUGUUGCCUUGUGUGUAGGCACUGCGGUGGCAUUUGGAAUUGGAAUAGGUUUGAAGGAAGGUGUUGGCAAGGCAUCUGAGUUUUUCGCAGGCUAUUUACUGGAGCAAAGCUUGUCAGUGGACAACUUGUUUGUUUUUGUUCUUGUUUUCAAGUACUUCAAAGUCCCACUUAUGUACCAGAACCGCGUACUUACCUACGGUGUAGCUGGUGCAGUUGUCUUCCGCUUCGUGUUAAUAUUACUAGGAACAGCAACUCUUCAGAAAUUUGAAGCAGUCAACCUACUGCUUGCUGCCGUACUCUUGUAUUCAUCUUUCAAGUUAUUUGCAAGUGAAGAAGAUGAUACAGAUCUAUCCGACAACUUCAUUGUAAAGACAUGCCAGAGAUUUAUUCCUGUCACAUCAAGUUAUGAUGGAAAUCGAUUUUUCACAAAGCAGGAUGGCAUUUUAAAAGCCACACCAUUGCUACUUACAGUAGCAGUGAUUGAGCUCAGUGACAUAGCAUUUGCGGUUGACUCAAUACCAGCUGUAUUUGGCGUCACUAGGGAUCCUUUUAUUGUCUUGACCUCUAAUCUCUUUGCAAUUCUAGGACUAAGGUCUCUCUAUACACUGAUUUCCGAAGGAAUGGACGAGCUAGAAUACUUGCAGCCAUCAAUAGCAGUUGUUCUUGGCUUCAUAGGAUUCAAGAUGAUUCUUGAUUUCUUCGGCUUCCACGUGUCGACAGAGGCAUCACUUGGUGUUGUGGCACUUUCUCUCAGCACCGGAGUACUGUUGAGCCUAACAAACAAAUCCAGCGAAAACUAAACAAGACCUGAGAACAGAUUCUAGAGGAAAACAAUCAAACAGUUUCAUAAGAAUAAUUUCGCAUUGUUCAUCAAAGCAUUUAGCUGAUGUGUUACUGUAUAUAAAACACAAAGAAAGGGCCUUUGCAUUUUGCAAGAUUGUUGUAUUGCUGUUGAAAGCUGCAGACAGAAUAAGAUAUUUGGAACGUCUUUAAUCUCUUUGUCUGGAAGACAUGUGGGUUGUGUUGGGUCGGUUAUGAAACAAAUUGCAAGAUAGCAAUGAGAAAUGUUGAACUCGUCUUUGACGGUCAA